AUGUCCUUUGCUCACCAACUCACCAGAUUGUCCAACCCAAGGGUGCUCUUUCCCUUCGUGGCCGCUGUCGGCUCUGUCGGCUUGGCCUACCACUACUCCACCCGUCUGUCGUUCAUCGCCAACGAAACCGCCAAAGCGUUCUCCAACAGCGACGAGUGGAUUGACUUGAAGUUGGCCAAGUCCUACGACGUUUCCCACGACUCCAAGGUCCUUGUGUUCCACUUGCCUGAAAAGGACCACGUCUCUGGCUUGGUCACUGCCUCGUGCGUGUUGACCAAGUUCGUCACCCCCAAGGGUAACAACGUCAUCCGUCCAUACACCCCUAUUUCCGAUGUUGACCAGAAGGGUACCAUUGAGUUUGUGAUCAAGAAGUACGAGGGCGGAAAGAUGUCCACCUACACCCACGACUUGAAGGAGAACGACACCCUUUCGUUCAAGGGUCCUAUUGUCAAGUGGAAGUGGGAACCAAACCAAUACAAGGAAAUCGCCUUGAUUGGCGGAGGCAGUGGUAUCACUCCUUUGUACCAAUUGGUCCACCAGAUCAGCAAGAACCCUGAAGACAAGACUAAAGUCCAAUUGUUCUACGGCUCCCAAACCGAAGAAGACAUCUUGAUCAAGGAGGAAUUAGACGCUCUUGUUAAGAAGAACCCCGAACAAAUCAAGAUCCACUACUUCGUUGACAAGGCCUCCGAUAAGUGGGAAGGCAACACCGGCUAUGUCACCAAGGAGUUCUUGGAAGCCAACUUGCCUGGUCCAUCUAAGGACUCCAAGAUCUUUGUCUGUGGCCCACCAGCCUUGUACAAGUCUGUUUCUGGUCCUAAGGUCUCCCCAACCGACCAGGGUGAAGUCACCGGCGCUUUGGCUGACUUGGGCUACACCAAGGAGCACGUAUACAAGUUCUAG